AGACACCUCGAGCAGUGCGCGGGGGAGGAGGGAGGGGGGGAGAGAGAGAGAGAUGGGGCGAUCCUACGCGGUGAAGGGGCGCAAGAAGAAGCGCAAACUCCACGAGGCGGCGGCCUCGGACGCCGGACCGCUCGCCGUAGAGGCGGAGGAGCUGCCGCUGCCGGAGGAGGCUGGCGGCGAGGACAAGGGGAAGGAUGAAGAGGCGGCGGCGGCGGGAGAGGACGAGGAGGAGCACGCGGCGGUGGAGGGGCUCCCGGUUGUGCCCAGGCCGGUGGACGCGAAGCGGCGGCCCGGCGCCAUCUUCGUGCUCGAGAGGGCCUGCCUCGAGGUCGGCAAAGUCGGCAAGACUAUGCAAAUCUUGAACUCAGAUGAUCACGCUAAUUAUUUGAGGAAGCAGAAUCGCAAUCCCGCUGACUAUAGGCCUGAUAUCAUUCAUCAGGCUCUACUGGCGAUAUUUGACAGCCCUUUAACAAAAGCUGGAAGGUUACAGGCUGUUUAUGUGAGGACUGAAAAGGGAGUACUGUUUGAAAUCAAACCUCAUGUCCGCAUGCCACGAACGUUUAAACGCUUUUGUGGUUUAAUGUCACAAUUGUUGCAAAAGCUGAGCAUUACAGCAGUUGGGAAGCGUGAGAAGCUUCUUAAUGUUGUUAAAAAUCCUGUUACCCGCUAUCUACCUGUUGGUGCACCGAAAAUUGGUCUUUCAUUUAGCGCUGAGAAGUCUGUCAACUUGUUUGACUAUGUUGCCAAAUCCAGUGAUGAUGAACCCCUUGUGUUUGUGGUUGGUGCCAUGGCCCAUGGAAAGAUCGACAAGGAAUACACAGAUGAUUACAUCCAAAUUUGCAAAUACCCUCUCAGUGCUGCCUGUUGUUUAAAUCGGAUAUGCAGCGCCCUGGAGCAGAAGUGGAACAUCGGAUGAAUGUAAAUUUUGAAACAAACAUCUAUGUACGAGAUGGCUAGUGCCUAGGAGCAUUGUGUUUUUUUUUCCAUCCUUCAUGUACUGCCUUUUUCUGGGCCAUAUAGAAACAAGAAAUUCACCAAAACAACUGCAGGAUCUAAGCAAGAAAUGUGAGGAAAUUCAAAGCUUGGCAAGAGAUGACCUUCCGGCAUCAACCAAGUCCUCGCUUUAUUUCUGUCACCGAGGAGCGAGGAUGAGGAGAGGAGCUAACAGUGCGAUGAGAAACCAACUUGCGUUCGUACUUGUGAAUUGAGAAGCUGAUUCCGCAGCAAGCUUGGUGGCGUCUCAAUUCUUUUUUUAUCAGUUAUUCUAUCUCAAUUUUGGUACGCACAGAGGUUGGCAGGGUGCGGGGCUUUGAUCUGUCGAAGGCGAGGCCUAUAUUGAUUCGCCUUUUACUUGAUGGAUAUGGGCUAAAAGUUGAUAUGGAUGCUCUCUGCGUGUAUAAAUUGGGGUGGAUAUAAAGGAGGACCAUCUUUGUGGGAACAGACAGGUAGGGGCAGAUAUGGACAAAGAGGGGAGAUAUGGACGCUCUAUUUUGAGUUCACAAUAUUUCUCCAUGUAUAGGUUGAGGUGGAUAUAAAAAGGACCAUCUUUGUGGGGAUAAAUAUGUCAUGACCCAAUGAUGAUAUCAUGAUCCAAGAGAAGACCAAGAUUGUCAAGCCCAUUUGCCGAGUCACAGCCGAAGAGAAGACCAAGACCAAGUCUACAUAGCAGCUGCUAGCAGGCCUAUCCAUCGGGAUCGAUCAUAAAAUUAAGAAAAGAAACCAGAUAAGCAAAGGGGAAUGGAAGAACAUCUUCCUCCUCAAGAUCGAGAUCAUCUGUAUUCCUUGUAAUCUUGCUCACGUCCCGAUUUGAUCUCAUCGGCUUCUACGAGCUGUUACAGUGGUAUCAGAUUCGGCGAUUCUAGGCGGGUGUUGGUUCCAUCAUCUUUGGCGGCGUGUGGCGGCGGUAGACUCCGGCGUUUCUGGUGGCGAGAGGUGGCGGCAGACCGACUUCCUGUAGGCGGCGAUUGGUUUGUGCAGUGGCAGUAAAAUCCACUUCAUCCCGUCGAUCGAUUUGGUUUGCGGCGUAGUGCUCUCGCAUCCAGCGACCUGAGCGACCUGUUGUCCUGCCAGAUCGAGUUGGGCUGUCGUGGUGGCUUGACGGCGGGGGAUUGGAGUUCUCUGUUGCGGCGCAGGCGGCGACAGACUGGAAUCUUCUGAUUGGAGGCGCAGGCCACGGUAGACUCGGGUUUUCUGAUGCUGGAAGUGAUGCCGGCAGCGACUACGCAGGUGGCGGCGCGGCGUACUCUCUCUCAGAUGGCGAUGGCGAGGGAUGGAUUCUCUCCUGUGCUUAGCAGCUGGGGCGUGGCCACGGAAGCACCAGCUCUUCCAACGAAGUUUGGGCAGAGGAUAUUAAGCGUAUUGUCUCAUUCAGCUAGGGAGGUGCCCACCAACUGUUCAAUGGAGGAGCCCAACCAUGGUCGUGAAAAGAAUCCAGGUGGAAACUGUAGUAGCCUUCCAAAGCUUCAGUUCCCAAUAUUCAAAGGUGACCAGCCGCAAACUUGGAAGGCUAAUUGUCUCACUUACUUCCAUGUUUACAAUAUCAAAGAAUGCAUGUGGGUGAUUGCGGCGGCAAUGCAUAUGGAGGGCAAGGCAAAGCACUGGUUGCAAGAGUACAAGAUGCAACACGAGUUGGGGUCCUGGAACCAGUUCAUCGAUGCUGUGCAAGAGAAAUUUGGCAAAUAUGACUGUUGCCAACCAAUGAUCGAACUAUCUGAAUUGAGGCAAUGAGGAGAAGUGAAGGAAGGCACAUUAGCACAAGCUGAGCAGAUCAGGUCCAAAACUCAAGCGAAUGUUGCAGAUAUGGUCCGGGAUAAGGAAGUGCAAGACAUGCUCGAGCAGCACGAUUUACUGAAACAGCUAGCUCUAGGCGGGAGUAACUUUGUUUGUGAGGAUAUGGUGUCUGAAGAAGAAAAGCAAGUGCCUAUACAAGAUUCUGUGGUGUGGGAUUGUGCUGAGCAAGAGGAACUUGAGGAACUGCCUUGUAUUGAUGUUGUUUGAGAUGAGGAUGUCAGAUGUUAACACCCAUGAAAGCUUAUUGCAGAAAUUAGUCAUGGGGACAGAGGACUUGACUGAUGAGAAGGUAAAGCUUAGUGUCAAGAUUGUUGAUGUAGGCCAAGUGUUUGAGGAAAUGUCUGACAAGGUUGCAAUGUGGGAUGACGAGAGGCCAUUCUGCCUAAACGCGCAAGAUGGAUUAUUGCAGCAGCUAGCCCUUGGUGGGGAGUGCAUGGAUGACCAAAAUACAAAGCUAAUUGUUAUGCGGGAUGUUGAUGAGAUGCUUGAGCUCAAGGUGGUUGAUGGUGACAAAUCCAAUGGGAACUUGCGGCUGGGAGAAUAUGGAGCUGGUUUUGGUAUGAUAGUGCUCUCUACAGGAUCAAGGUGUGGUGCUGAUGACUUCUCUCUACAAUGUCUUAAUCAGUACGGCAAGGAUAAUUUAUUCCUUGUUCUUUAUGAAGCAUGUGUUGGCUAGGAGAUGAAUUGUUGACCAUCAGAACUUGGUAAUCUUUGAUGAGAGGCAAGAAAAAGGUGGUGCUCAAUAUGUGAUAGCUGAAAUGCCACCAUGGAGGCGAAAUGCUUUCAGCCCAGAAAACCCUGAUAUGGAAGUUGCUCAUUUGGUUUUUGACAAAAUUACUUCAUGCAGAAGAAAUGAUUUCAGCCCCGGGGAAUGUGAGCUGCAACAUGAAGUGAAGCUAGAUAUGCUUAGAGGGCAGAAGUUGCACGACCUCAUUUGUUUGGCCAAACAUGAUCUGUACAUUGCAUGUGCGGAUUACCAUAAGGUUCUGUUACUCCUUGCUUGCAAUGGUUCUUUGGCUGAUCCAAUUUGGAGAGUAUCCUACGGGAGUGAUAUGAUCAUGGGCAUGGCACUGACAAUUGGUGAUCGUGCUCAGGAUUUCUAUGACAUUCUAUCAUGGGACCCGGAGAUUCGCAAACUUGAAAAUUACAAUAUUUUCCAGAAAUUGAUUGUUAUCAAUGUGGUGUCUUCAUCGAUAGUGGUGGCUGCUAUAUACUUCCAAUUAAGAUGUUCUAUUGGAAUGAGACACCGUGAACUAGUACAUAAACUAGCUUCUUCCAUUCGAAGGUAGUGGGAUCCAGGUAUUAUGCAACUUGAUAUCAUGCAAUGGAUGGGGUGCGGAUGCGAGUGCUGCAAUGGGAGUUAUUUUUGGACCAGAUGCUAUGCUGUCGGGUUCAAGCAAUUCCUGAAUACGACAGCUUGGGGACAAGCUGUGUUUCGCGGCGGCGGUAAUGUCAUGACCCAAUGAUGAUAUCAUGAUCCAAGAGAAGCUCAAAAUUGUCAAGCCCAUUUGCCGAGUCACAGCCCAAGACCAAGUCUACAUAGCAGCUGCUAGCAGGCCUAUCCAUCGGGAUCGAUCAUAAAAUUAAGAAAAGAAACCAGAUAAGCAAAGGGGAACGGAAGAACAUCUUCCUCCUCAAGAUCGAGAUCAUCUGUAUUCCUUGUAAUCUUGCUCACGUCCCGAUUUGAUCUCAUCGGCUUCUACGAGCUGUUACAAAAUAGUCGCCCUGACCUUGUCCAGAUUUCUGAACACCAGCAUUAUAGAAAUGCAAACCAAAUUCAGGCUUGCUCCAA